AUCAACAUUUCCCAGAAAGCUGGAAAUUCGUCGAGGAAUUUCUAUAAACUAGAAAAUCCCCGGCGAUUUUUCGGUUGAUUUUCUAUAAACUAGAAAUUAAUUCAAGAUUACAGUGUAGAAAGAAUUUUGCAGUAAACAACAACGCUUAUCAGAGUAAUUCGGAAAUCGACCAGAACCAUUUUUCGAUGCAAGUAGUUUGAUUCAAUGAUGCUACAUUAAUCCAUAAAAUAAAUAGAACGUUUUGGAAAAUAAUUUUAACAUAAUUUAACCUUUAACUAGUGUAGAAAACACUGAAGCAACUGCACCAAAAAGAGUUGAGAAAAGAAGGAAACUAUGCAUUUAAAGAUACUCUGUUAAACUUUAAAAUAUUGAAUUCUUAGUGGAGUGUGUCCACCACGUACCAUAAACCCACUGUAGACCGUUCGAAAAUCUCCAGAAUUAAGCUCAUUUUUAUCAAUAUUUUUCGUGCAGUUAAGCUUUUAUGAUGCAACUGAACUUUGCUUUGUGUAUAACGGGCACUGAUUCUUUUUUGUAUAUUUCAUUUAAACUGAGAAUAAUAAAAGCACAUAUCUUCAAUCGCACACGUGUCUAUGGACACAUAGAAGGCCUGUAGCAACAAAUGUAAAUGUUAAAACUUUGGUCAGAAAAGAGACAUUUUACAUUUAAAAUGUUUCUUAUAUCAGCUGCGCCAAAACAGAAUUCUAUUCUGGUGCAGUUGAUACAAGAAACCUUUUAAAUGUAAAAUGUCUCUUUUUUGACCAAAGUUUUAACAUUUACAUUUGUUGCUACAGGCCUGUUAUACUAUUUAUGUUAGAUACAGAAUGUGGACUAUCUAUUUGUGUAUACCAAAUAUAAAUUCUCACUUUGAAAUAAGAGAAAAAGAAUUCUUUUGCAUUCUUGCAAUUCAAAAAAAUGACUAACUGUGUCUGAACUUUAAAAACUGAAUCCUUUAUACGUACCAUAAACCCACUGUAGACCGUUUCGAAAAUCUCCAGAAUUAACCUCAUUUUUAUCAAUAUUUUUCUCAUCAAAAUCCUACAGGAGUGAUGUAAGGUUAGGAUUGAUACGAUAGCUAAUGUUUCAUCGUCUGUGGUGGUGGUGCAUCCUGUGUUGGGAUAAUAGAUUACUCUUAAUCAUAAUUUAUUUAAGAUUUAACAAACUCACCAAAGUACACAACGCUUGCAGUUAAGAUAGUUGACGCACGGAUCAUCGAAAAUGUUCGGAGAGUAAUGAAAGAAAUUGUAAGGUGAAAAGUUUAAAGUUUAAGAAACUAUUGGAAGAGUAAUCAAACCUGAAAGGAUAAAGUUUAGUGUUAAAACUUGUUGUAAAUUAAUGGAUAAGAUUUCUGUGAACAUAGAACUGUUAGACUCCUUUCUUGUUUGCAGGUGUAGUUUUUUUCUAAUUUCCAACUAAGUGUUUUUUAAUACCAAAAAUAGUCGUUUUUGAUCGAUUUUCAAACUAAUUUCACUAACACUGUUUUUCUGAAAAAGUUCUUCCUAUCAAAAUUGACAAAAUCAAAGUUUAAGGAGGAAACUCAGCCAAUUAAUAGUCUAUGCACCUGUGUGGAAAGAUAAGUCUGUGCUAAAAUAAGUUAUAUAACGUCUGCUUCAAUUCAAUCCAGCAAAAAUAAUUUGGGACUCAAGAGGUUAAAUGACUAGAUGUCUGAUAACGUAAACACUACUGCCAGCAGUGGAUAAUCAAUUUUGAACUUUAUCGAACCAUAUACUUGUCUUACAAUGCGUUUACAAGAUGAAAAGGGAUAUUUUCAACUGACUUUUUUGUACCUUUUAUGGAAAAAGACUGAAUAGACAGCGAAAAGUAUAGAAUAUAUAAAUAAAGAUAUUAUAUUGUGUGCAUGUCUCUCAUUGAACGAUCGUUGUUUGAGAUUAUAUAGAAAUGAAGAACAUAGGGCUUUGAAAAUGUUAAUAAAACCAUGUUUUGCCCUUUUUCCAAAAGUUAUUGGAAUAAAGCUACAAACUAAUCUGAAAUGGCAGCUAGAUGAUUAUGUAGAUUAAACAUUUCUCUACAAAAUAAAACGUAUGUUGGCCCUGAACGUUGAUUCGUUUUGAAAUACAGCUGUUGUACAAACAGCCCCCAAAAUCGCUUUUUGGACUAUCUGAAAAGCGUGUCUACAAAAGUGAAGACGAGCUGGUAAAUAUUGAAAAUUGUUCGCUCUACAAGAUGUGAUAGCUUGUCAAGUUCGAAACUAUUCUAAUUAAUCUGUAUUAAUCAAAGAAAAAUCAGAAAAAUGGUAACGUUGACACUUUUGACCGUUUUUUGUCACAGCGUUACCGUUUUCUACAAACUGGUAUACUUGUUUAAUGUUUACCAGCUUGUCUUCACUUUUCUAGACACACUUUUCAGAUAGCCCAAAAUUGCUUUUUGGGGCUGUUUGUACAUCAGCUGCAUUUUCAUAGCGAAUCAGCGUUCAAAGCCGAGACACUUUUUAUUUUUUAGAGAAAUGUUUAAUCUACAUAAUCAUCUAGUAGCCAUUUCAGAUUAGUUUGUGGCUUUACUGCAAUAACUUUGGGAAAAGAGCAAAAAAUGGAGGUCGUUAAUUGGAUAAGCCGUUUGAUUUGUAUACUGGAAAAGCAGCAUAGUAAUAUGGAGACAAAGAAAGACUACACUGCGUAUGCGCUUGAACUUUGUGUUUUCGAUAGUCUUCCCAAAAUGUGCACUAGAGCAAGGGGAGAAUGAGAAUAAGUUUGGCGUGAAUAAGAAUCAUGAAAAAGAAAUUACACAUGUUCGUACACCGUCAUCCGUUUCUCUUUUCUGUCUAGUUUUCUAUCAAUAUAGGAUUGGUAUUUUUCAUAUUCUUGUCCUCGAUCAUAAUAAACUAACUCUGUAUAAGUUAUUCAUGAUUAAAUGACUCUCAUCUGGUAUUUUGUCUUCUGUAACCAUCCAACAUAACCUGUACCUAAUAUGAAAAGCUGAUGCUUAGAAGUGUCCAUCAAUUAAGUACGAGAGUCUAAAACGACAUUUUUGUGCCUACGUCAUUUGUGUUCAUCAUAGAAGAUUAACAGAUAAAUUUCUAAACAAAGCUAAUCAAUUAAUUAAUGAAUUUAACUUGAAUAUUCAGUUUAUUUUGGAUGGUGCAGGUACAUUAGAUGGUAAAAAUGAUUGUUUAAUUAAUUUGUGGCGUCCAUUAGUAAUGACAUAUACAUUUCCAAAUGCACCAUUAAAAGCAUUUACUAGUAAUACCAUAGAAAAUGGAUAUGAUCGUUUAGCUAUUAAUAAUAUGCAAAGUCCAAAAUUGGAUAUGUGUAAAUUAUUACAUUAUGGAAAAUUUUCUCUAAAUCAAAGUAUUUAUCCAUAUUUAUAUUGGGAACCAAGUGAUCAACGUACAAUAUUAUCGAGUAUAAUCAGUUAUUUAAAUGGUCUACGACAUUCUCUAGGAUUUCGAUUUGCUAUUAAUAUUGAUCCUGUUCAAUUUACUAUAUAUUCAGCACAAGCGACAAAUAAUGCAUGGAAUAUAUUUACAGAUCAUACACAACAUGCUCAAAAACCAUUAAUUAUUGUCUUAAAUUAUGAUAAUAAUACAAAUUUAUUAGCUAUUCAAUAUUAUGAUGAAAGAUUAAAACUUAACAUGUAUACAACUUAUACAUUUAAAUAUAUACUCGAUAAUAAAAUAGUUAUAAUGAAUAAACCUACUCAAUUACCAUUAUCAAAUAAUUUUAAUACAAUAGAAUCGAUUAUAACUUUUAAACAUAUUAAUAUUCAGUUUGAUAUAAAUAAUUAUUUACAACAUUAUCUAUUUAUAGUAACAGAAAAUAAUCAAUUUAUUAUUUAUAAUAUUACUACUAUAGAAAAUUGGUUUAAUUUAACCCCAUUAAUUACAAAAAAAUUUCCAUUAUCAAAUAUUAAUCAUAGUCAAUUUUCUAUAACUUCUACUUGGUCAUCAUCAAAUGAACAACAACAAUUAAUUAUGAUAUUACAUACAUACAAUGAUGUUCAUAAUGAUUUUUUAGCCACAACAUAUAUAAUAGAUCCGUUAAAUGAAUUUAAUAUUAAACAAAUUUCAACAAUUUUAUUAAUUAAUAAUAAUAUUAUAAAUGAUACUAGUAUAUCUAUAGCACCUUAUGGAUCAUCAAAUUCUAUAUGUCUAAAAGAUUAUUAUCAUACUCCAGCAAUAAUUAGUUAUAGUCCUAAAGGCAAUAUAAAAUUAAUUACAUUAUGUUUGGAGUAUACAGGUGAAUUUUAUGUACAUAGUAGUACAAAUAUAAAUAAUUUAUUAUUAAUAGGUGAACAACCAACGGUAAGUAUUGAAAUAGAUCCUAAUAGUUUCGAACUUCGUCUAUUAUUAAUUGUUAGCAAUGGUUAUUGUUAUAAUAAUGAAUUAGUUAAUAAACGUUCAUCACCAGCAGUAUGUAAUAGUAUACCUAAUCAACAAGAACAAAUAUUAACAUAUACUUAUGGUAAUUUCAAUCUAUUAGCUAAUUAUACUAAUACUACUAUUACUGCAUGUCAAAAUGAUAUAUUACAUGGUACAUUCGAUAUGGGUUCAAAUCCAAAUGGAGUUUUAUUUCAAGCACUAAAUUCAAAUGGACAAUUAACAUUGGGUAUGAUUAAUGUACAUAGAGGAUAUAAAAAGGAUUCGUAUAGUAAUCCAGUAUUAUUACCCAUUCAGUCUCGAUCAUCAAGUCACAUUUCUUCAUUUAAUAGAAAAGGUGCUUCUUUGUUAUCUGAACAAUGUGGACAAGCUCUUGAACAUGAUGGCUUAGUAAUUGAUGCAUGGUCAUUACCUAAGGAUGACAAAAAUUCUGUCAGACGUAAUGCAGCUGACACUUUCGGUAAAAUAGGUGAACGUGCCGUUAAACCUGAUUUGAUGGAAGCAUUCGUGACUGCAAUUAAGAAUGAGGAAAAGUCUGUCAGAAGUAAUGCAGCUAAAGCUCUUGGUAAAAUAGGUAAACGUGCAGUUAAUCAUGAAGUGAUGAAAGUAUUGGUGAUUGCACUUUGGGAUGAGGAAGAUUCUGUCAGAAUUGAUGCAGCUGAAGCUCUCGGUAAGAUGGCAGAAAGUGCGGAUAAGCCUGUUCUGAUCAAAGUAUUGGUGAUUGCACUUAGGGAUGUGGUCGGAGCGGCGAAAGCUUUUGUGGCUGAAGCUCUUGGCAAUAUGGCUGAAAGUGCAGCUAACCAUGAAGUGAUGAAAACAUUAGUGAGUGUACUUCUAAAGAGAUGA